AUGUCCACGACGGACUCCGCCACCUCACAUCCUACCACAACUACUCAAUCAACUACAACACAAGACACCACAACGACGGCCACCACGGAAUCCGCAACCUCACAUCCUUCCACAACUAUUGAAUCAACUACAACACAAGACGCCACAACGAUGUCCACGACGGAUUCCGCCACCUCACAUCCUACCACAACUACUCAAUCAACUGCAACACAAGACGCCACCUCACAUCCUUCCACAACUACUCAUGAAAUUGAGGGAGGAAUACGGCUGGUUGACGGUUACAGCUCAGAUGAAGGCAGGGUUGAGAUCUUCCAUGAAGGCCAAUGGGGGACAGUCUGUGAUUACAGUUGGGAUGACUCUGAUGCGAUGGUAGUUUGUCGACAGCUUGGAUACUCAGGCGAUGUUGGUGUAGCCAGGAGUGGUGCAACAUACGGACAGGGAUCUGGCCCGAUAUACCUCGAUGGUGUCGGCUGUUCGGGAAAUGAAUCCAGGUUGACUGAUUGCAGUAAUGGCGGAUGGGACAACCACGACUGCCAUCAUUACGAAGAUGCUGGAGUUUACUGUGGAGAGGUCUUAUUCCGGCUGGUUGACGGUUACAGUUCAGAUGAAGGCAGGGUUGAGAUCAGCUUCCAUGAAGGACAAUGGGGGACAGUCUGUGAUGACAGUUGGGAUGACUCUGAUGCGAGGGUGGUUUGUCGACAGCUUGGAUACUCAGGCAAUGUUGGUGUAGCCAGGAGUGGUGCAACAUACGGACAGGGAUCUGGCCCGAUAUACCUCGAUGGUGUCGGCUGUUCGGGAAAUGAAUCCAGGUUGACUGAUUGCAGUAAUGGCGGAUGGGACAACCACGACUGCCAUCAUUAUGAAGAUGCUGGGUUUACUGUGGAGGUCUUAUUCCGGCUGGUUGACGGUUACAGUUCAGAUGAAGGCAGGGUUGAGAUCAGCUUCCAUGAAGGACAAUGGGGGACAGUCUGUGAUGACAGUUGGGAUGACUCUGAUGCGAGGGUGGUUUGUCGACAGCUUGGAUACUCAGGCAAUGUUGGUGUAGCCAGGAGUUACCUCGAUGGUGUCGGCUGUUCGGGAAAUGAAUCCAGGUUGACUGAUUGCAGUAAUGGCGGAUGGGACAACCACGACUGCCAUCAUUAUGAAGAUGCUGGGGUUUACUGUGGAGAGGUCUUAUUCCGGCUGGUUGACGGUUACAGUUCAGAUGAAGGCAGGGUUGAGAUCAGCUUCCAUGAAGGACAAUGGGGGACAGUCUGUGAUGACAGUUGGGAUGACUCUGAUGCGAGGGUGGUUUGUCGACAGCUUGGAUACUCAGGCAAUGUUGGUGUAGCCAGGAGUGGUGCAACAUACGGACAGGGAUCUGGCCCGAUAUACCUCGAUGGUGUCGGCUGUUCGGGAAAUGAAUCCAGGUUGACUGAUUGCAGUAAUGGCGGAUGGGACAACCACGACUGCCAUCAUUAUGAAGAUGCUGGGGUUUACUGUGGAGAGGUCUUAUUCCGGCUGGUUGACGGUUACAGUUCAGAUGAAGGCAGGGUUGAGAUCAGCUUCCAUGAAGGACAAUGGGGGAGACAGUCUGUGAUGACAGUUGGGAUGACUCUGAUGCGAGGGUGGUUUGUCGACAGCUUGGAUACUCAGGCAAUGUUGGUGUAG